AUGCAAAUGUGUUCAGUAGUAUUGUGGUGUAAUAAUAUUGUCACUAUUAAACCUAAAGGCAAUCUUAUGAUUAUUCAUUUAUUACUACUAUUAUCAUUUCUUAUCUUUAACGUUCAAACAACAGAACAGCAACCUGAUUCAUCUAGUAAACAAACUCAUCCACGUGUCGAUCUUAACGAAGUACAAUCAUUUCAGCAAAAUAAAACAAUUGGCUCGCGAUCGCGACAUCAGUUUUUAAUAGCAACUAAACGGGUAGUUCAGCGUAAGAAACAGAAACAUAAUUACAAUAGAGUACAACAAACGUCUGAAGAAAAAACUAAUGAAGUAAAUCUGAUGCCAGACGAAAUAAGUUAUCCAAAUGAUACAAGUUUACAUGCAUCGAGAAAUCAAUCAGAAUCAUUUAUAAAUGUAUUAUUUAGACGUUUACGCAUGGAAAAACCACCAAAUAUAUCUGCUCUACCGUUUGUUGGUAUGUCCGAAGCAGAUAUAUUAAUCAUGCAGUUAUUUAGUUCUGAUAGAUUGUUGCAACGAGAUGGAAACGAUGACCAUAAACAUACAAUCGAAAGUGUUGCGAUAUCAGGUCAAUUAUUGUCGAACCAUUCAUGUGAAAAAAGAUUAAAGAAAUCCGGUUAUUCGUCAAAUAGUAUUGAAUGUUAUAGAUUUCUUGAUCAAAGUUACAUAAAAAAACUUCAAUUACCGAGACGUCCGUCAAUUAAAUCAAUUAGUUUAAUUAUGAAAAAGGAGUAUUUCAAUUUAGAUAACAACAAUAAUCAAACUUUCAACCCGGUUAUGUUUAGAGUAUACAUGAUAUAUCGUCCAUUAGUAAAUAAUUCAAAAAAGUCAUCAAAGUUAACAAGCAAAAUACCAAGUGUACUCAAACUACCUGUAACACAAGUAAAACAAAUCCUAGAUUCCUAUGAAUUAGUAUUUGAUGAUAAAAAAAUGCAUUAUAAAACAAUUUAUGACAAUUUAAUGAGUGAACUGUAUGAUGUUGCUAUAAGUAAAAAUUUACAAGAUUCAUACGCACGCCAAUAUUCUUCUCCAUUUUCACCAAAUAGUGAACAGCGAAAACAAGAUGAUGAUGGUAUCAAUAAUAAUUCAAAACAGGAACGGUCAACAAAUGAGGAAUUUGUACCGUAUUUCGAUGUUGAGUAUGGUGAAACUGAGAAUAACGGAUAUCGUUCACAUGAUGCAUUAUCAAGAAAUAAAUGUUCAUCAUCCAGUCCAUGUUGUAGGCGUCCAUUAACAUUACAUUUCGAUGACUCACAUUUAUUAAAUUUCAUUGUGUAUCCACGUGUAUUAGAUAUUGGCGAAUGCGUUGGUCUAUGUGAUCUUUCAUCAGUGAACCAGUUACAAAUAAGAAAUUCAUCACAAUAUAAUUCAUCAUCAAUAAAAGAACAUUAUAGUAGUGUUAAUGGCAGGUGUUGUUCAUUUUCAAGAACGAGUGGCUUAGAACUCUUAUUUAGAGAAAAGCAAUCUAUUCGUAGACAAUUCGUGCCACAGAUGAUUAUUGAAACAUGCAGGUGUUCAUCAGGGUCAAUUGUUUAAUUUCAACAAAAACGAUAAUCAUAUAUUAUGACUCUUUUCAUCUGACAAAUAUAGAGCAACAUACGGGCAGGACAUAAUUAAAUUUCUUUUACCGUCAUUGAACAGUUGCCUGAACGGAAUCAUAUCUCACUUCAUCCCUUUCAUCACACUCCACAGUAGAAGAGAAGAUGGACAGUUGUCAUUUUCUUAUGUGAAACACUAGUUGAUUAUUUAGUACUGUAAUAAGCGUGGAAAAGACUACUGAAGAAAAAAAUCAUUUAAUAUCAAAAAUGCUUUUAGUUAUCAAGUGUCUUAGAUUUUUGUGACUGAUAAUAGUUAAUUCGCUUGACGUUAGCUUAGGGACAUACAAAAAAGUAGACUGUCUAACUGUUAUUUAUCCUCAAAACACCAAAAAACUGUUGUAGGUAUUUUAUGGACCAUCUUCUAACAAUGCAAGAAUUAUUGAAGUACGUUCAUAAUGGUCGACCACAUCUGCUCUCUCGUGGCUUUCGAAAUAGGGCCUCUGAGAGUUCUCCUUGAAUCGAGCUCCCUAGCGGCGGAGAUCAAACCGACAGGAGGAGACGGAACGAAUCAAAGGGCUACCUGGGUCUGGAAGAAAAAUUGCAUUCUAAAAUGAUUCUAAUUAAACUUCUAAAUAAAAUAACUCGCCUCUAACAGAGUUUGUUGUCGAGUAGUACUCUUUGUCGAUGAAGUUCGCCAGAUCCAUCGCUGUGAAGUUGCCUGCCUUCUGUGAACAUCUGUCGUGGGUGUACUGCAUUGCAGCGGCCUCGAAGUCCGGAAAGUAGUCAAAGAACUCUGCAGAGUGUUUCCCAUCUCGGUUCUCUCCUUGAAAUUCGUCGAGAUCGCCGCAGAUGAAGAUGUCGGCCCACUUGUGUGAAGUUCUUGCCCUGAAGGCUCCUAAUAGCAAUGAGGUGGUUUGUAUUUCUAAACAAAACAUAUUAAAUUAUUGAUUAACUCACCGAUUUUCUCUACGAAGAAAAUCGUCACACUUUCUCCAAUCAACGCCGAAACUCCGUAAGGUCGUGUAGACGAGAACACUGAGGUAUUUCGUCGGGCACUUGGACCUGCAUAGUUCGAAGAGGUCGGCCAUGCCGUUCAUGGUGACUCGAUCCUUGAAGUUCUCUGGUUCGGCCUGAUCGUUAUCAUCUACUUCCAUUUCUUCUGGUAGCGCGUCCGAUGAGUCAUCAGCUUCGGUAGCAGGAUCACUUUGCCGUAGAAAUGUUCUCGAUGUUGAUCUCGAGUGACUUUGACGUCUCGUAGGUGGUGCCGUAACAAUUGUUUGCAAAUAAAUAAAGAAUGAUUGAGGAUUAGAAGCAAUUAACCGUGAGCUCUUCUAGAUAAGUGCUAAAGCUUUCAGCGCAAUCCCUGCGGGAUUACAAUGUGGUACGCGAGACAACUGAUUGUAUACUUGAGGAGAAGUUUUUCGCACGAUUCAUACGAUUUUCGAGAGGUCAGUCACGAUCUCUGAUGAGGACAAAAUAACAUCUAUGUAAACUUAUGUGUCUGUGAAGUAUGCGAAAAGGUCAAAAGAACAUCAGUCGAGGUCUAUGACGGGGUCAAAAGAACAUGUGUUUGUCACUGUCCGUGACUCAUUCAGAAUCUUCAUCGAAUUCUCCAUAGUUUCUAACCUAGUUGGCUUUGAAAUAGCUUGAUUUUUAUUGAAAUUCGAAAAAAUGAAGAGAAAGGAAUUGGCCGUUGACAUGGAUCUGAGUAAAAGGUGAAUAUCUGAGCAAUGAAAAGGAAUCUAAAAAAUCUGUUCUUAUACUUUUGUUUUUUACAGAAAGUGACGAAAAAACGAAAUUUUUAGUCAUCUCCAGUAUUUUGAGUGCAGCUUAAUAAAGAAUGAUCUCGAGUGACUUUGACGUCUCGUAGGUGGUGCCGUAACAAUUGUUUGCAAAUAAAUAAAGAAUGAUUGAGGAUUAGAAAAGCAAUUAACCGUGAGCUCCUCUAGAUAAGUGCUAAAGCUUUCAGCGCAAUCCCUGCGGGAUUACAAUUACAAGUCAAGGAAGGGUUUUGAGAGGUGGGGUUACAAUAUUCGUGAUCGUCGUUAAAUUCUCUAUCGAAUGGUAUACUAAACGUCGAAAUCUAUUUUUUUGCUGCAAGACUGCUUUACGAGCAUCUUACUUAAGGAUACGUUCCAUAUGUAGGCAUGCACCAAUACAAUAUAUUGGGUCCCAAUAAUAUUGGUCACCCAAUCUAUUGGGAUCAAUAAUUAUUGGUCGUCCAAUAUAUUGGGUUUUCGCAAUAUUAUUGGAUAUAGGUCACUUGAGUUUGGCCUACUUUUACAGUACGGAAUCACGCUUUAUACCCCGUUUUGAAUCAAAAAAUAACCCAAUUGGGCAUACACCGAUUAAUAAUCAAUAUUAGGGCAUUCAGCAAAGUCGUUCUAAAUCAGUUGUAAAAAACUCUCAGAGCUGCCGAACGCUUCAUUUUGUAGGAAAAUGUUUUUUAAAACUGAUUCGGAACGACUUUGCUAGGUGCCCUAAUAUCGAUUGUUAAUCGGUGCAUGCCCAAUCCUGAUCGGGAUAUGCUUCCUCCCU